AUGACGGAUCACAAUGCCCAAUGCGACAGCUCGAAUCAAGUAUGGCACGCGUUUCCUCGAAGUCAACUGAACCAGCGCUAUGGGGAGAUCAUGACUGAGGUCGACUCACAGGCUCUUCAAGUAGCUCAUCGCGAACCAGAUUCGGAGGCACGGAGAGCGUUUGAUUCUUUAGCCACCGUCCGACCUCGACAGAACGCGCUUUGUCCAUUUUUCCGCAUACCGACCGAGAUUCUGAGCGAGGUAUUCACCCUGAUCGCGAUGGACGAGGAUGAAUACUUGGGAUGUAACGCAGAUGACUACGAAGAUCUUGCAGGAGUUGAUAUUGCGAAGACCAAUCUUGGAUGGGUCAAAGUCAGUCACGUUUGCCAUAUGUGGAGGGAAGUCGCUCUGUCGACCGCUACUUUAUGGGGAAGAAUUCCAUUCUCCCUCCCGAAAUGGAUCCCGGUGUCACUUGUCCGCUCUCGAGGAGCCCCUCUUUUGAUCGACUACACCUUUUGCGACAGGCAGUUCUACGAUAGCCACCCGGAUACUUUCUACAUUGCGUCUGCACUUGCGGAGCUUCAGCGCGCGAAGGUGCUUUCUUUAUACGGCAUGGCGUGCAGGACUUCCCUCCAGUUCCUGAGCACUGCCCUCACAUCGAAAUCUGCUCCCAUCUUAGAGGAGUUUUCGCUCUCGUUAGGGGCCAUACGCGGAGCCGACAGGCCUUGGACUCUUCCCUCCAAUAUAUUUCUUAACCAGUCGCCUCGACUUCGACAACUCUCGAUAUCUGGACCGGUACUUGUCCCUUGGACUUCUCAUGUCUUCACGGGACUCACUGUCUUACAAAUCCGUGAUCCCGCUGGAGCAUCGCCGUCCAUGGAACAAAUGUCGAGCGUCCUCCGUCAUAAUCCUCAAUUAGUAGAAUUAUUGCUGACCAAUUCGGCCCUACCUACGUCGAGUUCGGUGUCGAAGCCUCCAAUAUCUUUGGAUCGCCUUGAGCGGCUUCACGUUGAAGGCAGCGUUUUAUCAUGCUCGCUGCUUGCGACUCUGAUCGUAAUCCCUCCUUCUACGCGAGUCUCCAUAAGGACGGACGACCUAGAUAACCAUUACGACAAGGCGAGAGACACUGUCACUGCAUUUUCUUCACUCCUACGGCCAGGCUGUCAAACAAUCGAUUUGUCCAUGAGCAGCAUGUGUAGUGUCCUCACUCUACUAGCUUGGGACAGGCCUAUAUCCCCACUGCAGUACCAUCAGCCCCGCGAUCCACUUAUGUCAUUCAUGAUAGCCAGAGGACAGCCACACGGGCUAUGUGAUCCAUCCGUUCUGCUCAGCAUUGAACGACUGGUCGAUUUUCGGGAAUUGCGGCGAAUUUUCAUCAUGAUGAACCUCUCGUGCGCAGAGGAAGGGUUGGACACUCAUCAUUGGAACCAUCUCUUGAAACCAUGCUGCGAAAUGAGGCAUGUUCAGAUCACUGGUCAAUCGUCAGCCACAUUUUUGCGGUCUUUGUCUUCAAGAGAUGACCACCAGCCGUCAGCGUGUGGACUCGACGACGGUACCUUUCUCCCAAAACUCGAGAGCGUGAAUCUUGGAGGGGCGAAAAUCUCCGCUACAGACUUCACGGGAUUUUUGGACUGGGCCCGACGGCGCAAGGCCCUCGGUGCUCCUCUCAAAAGACUCCGGCUCAGAGGCUGUGAUCUUCGGUACACACCUGCAUCUAUGUGCCAGGCCAUGCAAGAAGAGGUGGUCGAGUUCCCGUAUCCAGACGGAUCGCGAUACCUGGAUAUCGUGGACGGAAUGAGGGGUGUCUGAGGAGCAGCUGCGUUCAUAAACCGAUGUAGUUGGAAAUUCGUUCUUUACGACGCC